AUGACUCCGAUCGACAACUCGACAUUCAGGCCGCAGGCUUUUUGGUUACAGAAAGCGACAAGAUGGUUUUUCCUCAUCACACCGGUGGCAAUACCCCAAGACAACAAGAUAGAUGGCUACGUCGGAUACAUGCCCACACCCCCGACCAGCGACUGGUUGACGACGACAUACUGCUACUGCUCCCAACCGCACCAUCUGCAGGCUCCCGCCUUCGACGAGGGUUCCUUCUUCCAAUGGGAAUACUACAACUACCACCAGAACGCCACCUUCGUCAUGCAUCGCCGCUGUCAAGCCAACCACGCGGAGACGAGGACGUGCGUCAACUCCAAACACGUGCACUGCGACCUCGCCGUCGACGGCGAUUGCGAGGGCAACAUGCUCUGUACCUCCUGGCCCCGAGCGCGUGCGCUCCGGAAGAGGGACGCUGGGGGUGUGAAGAAGGAUCACUGGUGCAUGUCGCUGGAUGAUCGGGGUUUCUUGGGCGUGAGUGACAGCAUCAUAUGGAACACCCAGGAGAGGGGUUUGACGCGGAAGGGCGGGCAGGGGCGCCGUGGGACGUCGGACGGGGAGGUCGAGGCGGUUUGCGGGGGGCUGUGCCGGGGACGGGUGGGGAUGCCGAUGUUGGAGGGGGAUCGGAAUGCUAGGAGCCAUCAGGAGGUCUUUGAGGAUUUGGACGACAUGUGCGACUCUUGUCGCAGAUAG